UCUUCUCUCUGCUCCGCAAUCGAAUAAAAAAAAGGAUAUAUUUUUUUUCUUCCCACAACAAACCCUAAACCAUCAAGCAGCUCCUUUUAUAGCAACUGAAACCCUAAAACUCAUCAAACUUCUCUACCCAUCAUUUGGAUGCGGGAACUCUCUUAAAGGCCUAGGCUUCCAACGAUGAUCACGGAGAACUCCUCAAAUUUUGAUGACUUCGAGAAAGAUCUCGAAGCUUUGCUGAGUGAGAGUCAUCUAAGCAGGGAAUCAUCUCUAGAUCGCGAGCGAGAGCUCAACAUUUACAGGAGCGGCAGCGCUCCGCCGACGGUGGAGGGGUCGAGGACUGCGAUUCGGAGCUUGCUGGGCCCCGUUAAUGGCGAGGGAUUGAUGUCUGAUGAGGAGCUGAGGGCUCAUCCUGAUUAUUUGUCGUACUACUAUUCAAAUGAUAACUUGAACCCUAGGUUGCCGGGGCCUUUGAUGUCGAGAGAGGAUUGGCGAGUGGCUCAGAGAUUUAGGACGACGAACUCGGCGAUUGGGGAUAGAAGGAAGGGAUUGGGGAUUGGAGGUGAGAGCUCUCUGUUUUCGAUGCAGCCGGGGUUGCCUGGGGGAAAUGAGGAGAAGGAUUGGGGCAAUGGUGGGAUAGUUGGGCUUGUGGAUGUCGGCUUAGGAAACAGAAGGAAGAGCUUUACAGAUGCAAUUCAGGAAGAUCUUGUCCAUUUGCCUUCUGUAUCUCCACAUCUUUCACGCGCAGCCAGUCACAGUUCUUAUGGCACUUCUAAUGAUCUGAAGGGAUUUUCUGAUGUUCAGUUCCCACAGAAUCAGAAUGGCAUGGACACAAUAGGUGGUUUGCGCUCGGAAGCAGCCUCUCCUGGACUUGUUAGGGUUCAGAGCCUUGGUUCAACAAUGUCACAGUCCUUUGCAUCAGCUGUUGGUUCCUCUUUAUCUAGAAGCACAACACCAGAUCGUCAUGCAAUCGGGAGUUCAUCAAGCUUUUACUCACCUGUUGGGAAAAGGUUGAUUGAUGCUGAAAAGAAGAUUGUUUCUAAUGGAUUUGGAGCUCCUGCUUCUCACAUGGCGGAUUCUGGUGAUAUAGCAGUUUCCUUAUCUGGGUUGAGUCUUUCAAAUAAUAUUAAAGGACAUGGGGAGAGUCAUCUGCAGGACAAGCUUCAUUGUGACUUCAUUGAUCAGCCUCAACGUCUAUUUACUAUGCGUAAUGGUCAUGCCAAAUAUUUGCAGAAGAACAUUAUUGUUAGUUCUGAAUCUGAGUCCCUCCAUGUUCCUGAUAUCCCUUUGCUGGGACAAAACGGGUAUUCUAAGAAUGCUGGUGUUCUUAAUGAUCUUGGUCUAUCCGUGUUAGCUUCUAAUGGACAAGUGGGUUUGCGAGAACAGCCAUCUAUGAAUCUAACCCAAAAAGUAGUUGAUGUGGGUUCAAACAGUUUAACAGGAUCCAAUGGCUAUUAUCCAACAGAUACGGCUAACAUUGAUUUUGUUGGGUGCAACUCAAGUGCACUUCAUAUGUUGAACAAUCAGUUUGAUGAAGGUACUAAUGUGUCAAGUGGAUUAGAAGGAAAUUAUCUUCCCAGAACUGCCAACCAGGUCAGUUCUGCUUUUCAAGCACCACCUAUGGAUCCUCUUUAUUCUCAGUAUGUACAGAGAGCUUCUAAUUACGCUACGGACCUGAAUGAUCCUUCUUUAGGAAGAAGUUAUCUAGAUACCAACCAUUUUGAUAUGAUGGACUACAAAAAAGCAUAUCUUGGAACAGUGCUUGCACAGCAGAGACUGACUCAUCACGGAACCUACUUUGGCAAAUCUGGUGGUUUGAGCAAUGACUUCUAUGGAAAUUCUGGUGCUGGUCUUCACAUACCAUAUCCAACAGUGAUUCCCAGAAGUCCAAUAAGGCAGAAUGAACCAUUGUCACGAUUACCUUCUGCUUUGAGGAGUGGGACUGGAGGAUCUAAAGGAUCAUGGAGCUAUGUAAAUGGCAUUAUGGAGCAAGGUCUUGCAUCCACUUUGCUGGAAGAAUUCAAGACCAAUAAAAUCAGAUCAUUUGAACUGUGUGAAAUUGCAGAGCAUGUCGUUGAGUUCAGUGGGGAUCAGUAUGGAAGCCGUUUUAUUCAACAAAAAUUGGAAACUGCUUCAAUUGAAGAGAAGAACAAAUUAUUUCCUAAGAUCCUUGCCCAUGCUCGGGUUCUGAUGACUGAUGUGUUUGGGAAUUACGUCAUACAGAAAUUUUUCGAGCAUGGUACAGAAAGCCAUAGAAAUCAGCUUGCCACUCAACUUAUGGGCCAUGUGUUACCUCUCAGUCUUCAGAUGUAUGGUUGUAGAGUAAUUCAGAAGGCCUUGGAAGUUGUUAAUGUGGAUCAGCAGACACAGAUGGUGUCUGAGCUUGAUGGUUCAGUGAUAAAAUGUGUUCGUGAUCAGAAUGGAAAUCAUGUAAUCCAAAAGUGUAUCGAGUGUGUUCCUCAAGAAAGGAUCCAGUUUAUUAUAUCUGCCUUUUAUGGGCAUGUUGUGGCACUAUCUACACACCCCUAUGGUUGUAGGGUUAUACAGAGGGUCUUGGAGCACUGUGAUGAUGAAAAAACACAAAGCAUGAUGAUGGAAGAGAUCAUGCGAUCUGUGUGUGUUUUGGCUCAGGAUCAAUAUGGAAAUUAUGUUAUUCAACAUGUCCUGCAACAUGGGAAACCAGAGGAGCGUUCUGCCAUUAUCAGUAUGCUUGCUGGACAGAUAGUGAAGAUGAGUCAGCAGAAGUUUGCUUCCAAUGUUGUUGAAAAAUGUUUGACUUAUGGUACUCCUGCAGAACGCCAGCUCCUUAUCGAUGAAAUGCUUGGAUCCACUGAUGAAAAUGAACCUUUCCAGGCGAUGAUGAAGGAUCAGUUUGGGAACUAUGUUGUACAAAAGGUUCUUGAGACUUGUGAUGAUAAAAAUCGUGAACUGAUUCUCUCUCGGGUCAAAGUUCACUUGAAUGCCCUGAAGAAGUAUACGUAUGGGAAACAUAUUGUAGCUCGUGUUGAAAAGUUGGUUACUGCUGGAGAAAGGCGCAUUGGGAUGCAAUCAUAUACGCCCUGAGACAAACUAUAACAGAUGGGUCGAGUCCUUGCACAUAUAAUGAGGAUAGCUUUAUCACAGACUGCUGUGAUUUUCUUUUUCCAGCAUAAAUGGGAAAUGAGAGACCAGUAUGGCCUUAGCAUGUAAAUAAAGUGAAGGCCUGUCGGAAUUAAGUUUUCAGUGUUUUCUUGUUUUGUAUAGCCUUGUUAUAAUUAGACUUGUAAAAAUAGCAGCAUUAAUGACAUAAGAAGGGAUAUCUAGUGCAUAAGAUUUAGGAGCAAGGCGUGUAAAUGGAUAGCAUCUAAGUGCACAAAGGGUUUGUCGACCUUGUAAUAACUGUAAUGAAGUGUAACGGAUGAUCGAAUUGUAAAAAAGCUAGAGCAAUGCUAAAAAGCUAGAACAAUGCUACGUCGCUCUCUUAAUUUAAGAAAAUUUUGCCCA